ACAAAUAAUUCACAUAUUUUUUUUAAUCAAAACGAAGACGGCUAAAAAGUAAAAAAUUUAUACAAAAGUAUAUUUAAUUAUAUUAAUAUGGAAGAUCAACGCAGCGAUAAAAUAUAUGGUGGAUGUGAAGGUCCUGAUGCCAUGUAUGUGAAGCUUAUAUCUUCCGAUGGACACGAAUUUAUAGUCAAACGGGAACACGCUUUAACCUCUGGCACCAUCAAGGCUAUGUUGUCGGGACCUGGACAGUUUGCAGAAAACGAAGCCAAUGAAGUACAUUUUCGCGAGAUACCUUCUCAUAUUUUGCAAAAGGUUUGCAUUUACUUUACAUACAAAGUGCGCUAUACAAAUAGCUCGACAGAAAUUCCAGAAUUCCCGAUUGCCCCUGAAAUAGCUUUGGAACUCUUGAUGGCUGCAAACUUUUUAGAUUGUUAAAAAAAAUUCAAUAUGUUGUUCUUUUAUUUUUCUUAUAUAAACUCGAUAUGAUAAAAUACAAUAAUUUUUUAUUUCGCUGAAAGUCGGACGAUAUUAAAAAACAGUCAGUAAAUGCAAAAGAAAACUCAAAUACCAAUAAUAUAAAAAUAAGGUUCUGUUGGUUUUUUAUGUUAGCUUCUAUCUAAAUUAUUUAAUUUGCCAAUUUGUACUUUUUUUAAUUAAAUAAAUUUAUAAUGUACAACUACAAUAAUAUAAUGUAAUAAAAAAGAUUUCAAAUAUUUAUUUAAAACUUAAUAAGAA